GAACUAUAAUCUGUAUUGUUAGGAAAACUUAAGAAAACUAAAAUAAAGUAGUGAGAUUUUUCACUCGUACUUUGCGCACGCAAACAGUAGCAACUGGAAAAAUUUAUAUUAGCACAAAGUCAUGGUACAAUGACACAUUUAUGACAUAAUUUUGGUGAAACAUCAUUGUCCUUACAACUGUGGAAGGUUGCGCGCGCAUUUUAAAAACAUGGCGUCUUUAGCAGUAUUUGAUUUUGAUCGUACUAUAGUUGACGAUGAUUCCGAUGCUACAAUUAUCAAUAGAUUACGCGAAAAAAAACCUCCGCCCGAAUGGGAAGCCGGGAACCAUGACUGGACACCUUACAUGAGCAAUGUAUUCGAACACGCGUAUUCCGCGGGCAUGCAUCCCGAUGACAUCCUGGACAGCAUCGCCUCCAUGCGACCCACCCCGGGUAUUGAAGAGCUGAUCACAACUUUAGCUGCCAACGACUGGGAUGUACUCGUCCUGACGGACGCUAAUACCGUCUUUGUUAAUCAUUGGCUGAAGACACAUGGCCUGCAGGACGCAGUCAGUGCUGUAGUUACUAACAGGGCGUUCUGGAAGAACGACCGAUUGUACAUAGAGCCGUGCAUGCACCAGUCUACUUGCCCCCGCUGUCCGACCAAUCUGUGCAAGUCUAUAGCUCUAGGUCAAUGGUGUCAGAAGCCAUAUGCUAAUAUAAUAUACAGCGGUGAUGGUAGAAAUGACUUCUGUCCUGCUACAACGUUACCACCACAUGCGACAGUAUUCCCUAGAAGAGGUUAUCCUUUAGAUGAUCUCAUUAAGAAGACAUUGUCAUCUCCUAAUCCACAAGUCAAAGCUAAAGUGGUCCCUUGGGAAGACUGCUAUCGGAUAUUACGCGAAGUUUUCCCAACUAGAGAUCAUUUAUCUAACUGAAAACUAGAUUAAAUUUAUUUUUUUCGCUAUUCGACUACUUACUAGAGCUCUAAUAAUAUGUCUUAAGUAAUAAUAUUGUAAACUUGAUCAGUUUAUAACUUCCACUGUUAAAGUUAUGAUUCGUGAAAUGGGCAAAUUGACCAUAUAACAAAUCAUGUAAAC